AUGCUAAUGAAUUUUCUAUCAGUUGUUGGCAGUAUGAUCUUAAUCAAGAAGAGGCGAACGGCGGAAGUAGUUACUUCAAGUUGGAGGAAACUGUGGGAGGAAUGGGAGCUGCGGGGACUGAUUCUAGCUAGCCUCACAACCCAAAUAAUUCUUGUCUUUCUGGGUAAUCGCAAAAGGAAUGAUGGUGGAAUUUGGAGAAAAGUUACUAUUUGGUCAGCCUACUUACUUGCCGACUCCAUAGCAACAAUGACCGCUGGCAUACUCUCAAAUGAUAUAGGAGAAUUGUACGCGCAUAGUGGUGUUCUUGAUGCAAAUUCGGAGCUAAAAGCGUUUUGGGCACCUCUACUGCUGUUGCACUUGGGUGGCACCGAUGCCAUUACUGCUUACUCCGUGGAAGACAACGAGUUGUGGAGAAGACACUUAUUUGGAGUAAUUACUCAAGCAAUAACAACGAAUUACAUCUUGUUCAUGGCCUGGACAGGCUCUCGUCUAUCCUUACUCUUUAUUGUGAUGUUUUGUGUUGGGAUUGUAAAGUACUUGGAAAGAGUGUGGGUCCUCUACUUGGCAAGCGACAACAAAUUUCGGGACUCAAUUCCUGAUAUCCCGACCAAUGAUUCCAAAAUAAUAGAGGAAUCUAGACUGAAGGAAUUUGAGGGGUACCAUCUCAAAAUACAUCAGGAGCUUGAAGUUGAGGUGCCUGAUCAUCUAGCCAAUACUUCGUCAGAUCAUACUGAUACAAACGAAUUACGUACGGCCUAUAGCUUAUUUGAUAUGGUCAAGCGGCUCUUCGCAGAUAUGAUACUUAGCGUGAAGGAUAGGGAUGCAAGCACGACGAUUUUUUUACGGGAAAACGUGACUUGGGAAAAGGGUUUGAGGGUGAUUGAGAUUGAACUUGGAAUUAUGUACGACUUGAUGUACACAAAGGCAAAGAUAAUGUACUCCGUUUGGGGCAUUGCUCGACGAAUCAUCGGAAUCUUUCUCACCUUGAUGGUGUUUGUAGUUUUACUUUUUGAUAAGACGGUCACAGAGAAACAGCAAUACUCCUACAUUGACUUUACCAUUACUUUGGUAUUGUUGGCAGUUGCUCUUCUUUUGGAGUUAUGUUCAUUUGUAAAACUACUUCUCUCCGAUGAGACAGCUCAUUGGUUGAUUGAGCAUAAGCAUACCAGCAUUUUGCGAGCCAUCAAUUGUGCUAAGAAAAAACACAGGUGGUCAAAUUCCAUUGGUCAGCUCAAUUUGCUAAGCAUUGCAGUUGAAGAAAAACCGUUGCCCAAGUAUUUCCAUGGAUUCCUGAAGAUUUUACGUAUUGAUGAAAUGCUAGAGAUUCACCAGUAUGAGACUCAUGUACCACUCAUUGACGAUUUAAAAGGGUACAUGUUCGACCUGAUCAAGGAAGUUCGGCUUCGGGCGGGAACUAAUUGCUCUGACACAGAUCUUAAAGCCUUGUUCGGCCGUAGGGGUGCCCGCACACUCAAAAAGUUCGAACUUGAUCAUGAUCUUGAUUGGUGUCUUAAGUUGGACUUUGACCAGAGCAUUCUUAUCUGGCACCUAGCAACAGAAAUCUGUUGCAAUGUAGAUAAUCAAACAUGGGGAACGAAGAAAAGGUGCGAGUACCUGUCUCGCUACAUGCUCUAUCUCCUAGUCAAGCAUCCUUACAUGUUGCCAAUUGGGAUGGCACACAUCAAGUUCCAGGAAAUUUAUACUGAUGUUAGGCGCUUCAUUGAAGAACAGCGAUUUAAAUCGAUUAAAAUCGUCGACAAGUUCCAAGCUUCUGAAAUGUUGAUAAAGGUAAGCACCGACGUUAUGCUUACUGCCCGAGGGAACAAAAGCUAUUUUCUGAUAUUCCAUGCGUGUAAGCUUGCAUCAGUAUUAAUAACUUAUGAUGUCACAACAUGGCACAUAAUUAUGGACUUUUGGACGGAAAUGUUGGGUUAUGCUGCCAGCCAAUGCAAAGGAAGACAUCAUGUACAGCAGCUCAGACGAGGAGGGGAACUUAUCACUCAUAUUUGGCUUCUAAUGGCACAUUUGGGUUUAACCGAUCACUUCCAGAUUGCAAGUAGCCGUGCAACAGCUGAAGCGUUUCUAAGCUAG